AGUUUGUGAUUGGUGGAAGGUGGGCGAGGCCGGUGCCCUGAUCGCCUGCAGCCCGGAGCCCGGGUCAGCUUCGGCGCCCUCCUCCAGUCACUGAGCAGCUCGAACCGGGCCGCUCGCCCCCCCGCCCCCCGCCGCCCUCCCAGCUCCCGCCCGCCGCGGCCGCGCGCUCCGCCGCCUGGCGGCCUUCGGAGGUGCCAAGGAAGGCGGGCUGCGGAGAAGGCAGCACCGGCCCUGCGCUGCGGACGGCGACCACGGCCGCGCGGGACCUCGGGCCGGAGAGCCCCGGCGGCGGCCGCCCCUCGCGGCGGAGCCGUUAGUCAGCAGAACGCGAACGCGCGUGGAGGGGCCCCACGAAGCGCGCCCGGGCACCGCAGCUCUCUUUCGCGUCCUCGCCGGGCCGGGCCGCGGGCGCAGAGUCGGCGGGCGGCGCCCCGCGGAGGACAGCGCGUUGGCGGCCGCGGCCGCCCAGCUGCAGCAACUAUCCACAGCUGAUAGCUCCUCACUAUGGGCAGAGGCUGGACCUGGAGAUCUUUGCUGACUGAAUCUUGUACAAGUCUUCACAGCUGCUAAGAUGAAUAAUCUGUCAUUUAGUGAGCUAUGUUGCCUCUUCUGCUGUCCACCUUGCCCAGGGAAAAUUGCUUCAAAACUAGCAUUCUUGCCACCUGAUCCAACUUACACACUGAUGUGUGAUGAAAGUGGAAGCCGCUGGACCUUACACCUGUCAGAGCGAGCAGACUGGCAGUACUCGUCCCGAGAAAAAGAUGCUAUUGAGUGUUUCAUGACAAGAACCAGUAAAGGCAACAGAAUUGCUUGUAUGUUUGUGCGUUGUUCACCAAAUGCUAAGUAUACCUUACUCUUCUCACAUGGAAAUGCUGUUGAUCUUGGUCAGAUGAGCAGUUUUUAUAUAGGUCUGGGUUCCCGCAUUAAUUGUAACAUAUUCUCCUAUGACUACUCCGGAUAUGGUGCUAGUUCUGGAAAGCCAACAGAGAAGAACCUGUAUGCAGAUGUGGAAGCUGCCUGGCUGGCUCUUCGGACAAGAUACGGCAUUCGUCCUGAAAAUGUGAUUAUAUAUGGCCAGAGCAUAGGGACAGUGCCAUCUGUGGACCUGGCUGCUCGCUAUGAGAGUGCUGCUGUUAUUCUUCAUUCUCCUCUCACCUCAGGAAUGCGAGUUGCUUUCCCUGAUACUAAGAAGACCUACUGUUUUGAUGCAUUCCCAAACAUUGACAAAAUCUCUAAGAUAACCUCUCCAGUAUUAAUAAUUCACGGGACUGAAGAUGAAGUCAUUGACUUUUCCCAUGGCCUCGCAUUGUUUGAGCGCUGCCAAAGACCUGUGGAGCCCCUGUGGGUUGAAGGGGCAGGACACAAUGACGUGGAGCUUUAUGGACAAUACCUUGAGAGGUUAAAACAGUUCGUGUCACAGGAACUGGUAAAUUUGUAAACUACUCUGUAAAUUUGCAGACUGGGUUUUCUUUUCUUGCUGAACUGCACUCCUUGGUAAAUAACAUAAAACCUGAAGGUUUUGUUUACAAAUCAUGUAAGUUGCCUUCAUAACUGUACAGGUAAUGAUUUGUUAACAGACUUAAUGAAGGUUUUAAUUACCAUAACUUGAAACUGGAAAUAGCAGUAUCAUGCAGUCAGGCUGUGUAAUUUAUAUUUUUUCUGUGAAUUUUUUUUAAACAUCAAGAUGAGUACUGUAUGAAAUUUUAAUUCUAUAAAAUCAAAUGCUGUAAAAGUAUUGUCAAAUGCUUUUGCAUAUCAAAAGCAAAUUUAUAAAUAUUUUUAAACAUCUCAAUGUACUAAAUAUCCUGGUAUACAAAUGUAAUAUUCUUUCAAAAAGCUGUAUAUCUAAAGCAAUUCAAGUACUCAGAAUAAACUGUAAAAAACAAAACGGUUUGAAAACAUCCAAAUUGAGUUGAUAUAUACUCCACUGUACAGGGAUAGAGGCUUAAAUGGUUAUUUUAUUGUUAAAAAAAAUGCAUUGACUUUUCUGUAUUCUCCAAUUAUAGUACAUUUAUCCUUUAAAAAAAUGAAGUCUUAAUUUUUAUGCCAUCUGUUAACUUAGCAGCUCUUCAUCCUGUCACUGAGAAGUCCUGAUGGCGCUGGAUUUUAACUAGUUCUGACUUAUGUUUGGUACUGUGAGACAACUACUUAACAUUUUCAUUCAGUUAUUUAAAGGACAGUUAGGGCUUCAAGAAUGAUUUUGUAUGCAAUGUUGUUUUAAAUUUGACUAAUUAUUAGAACUGUAGUAGUCUUCCUUAUAUGAAUACUUGAAACUCCGUUAGUUGAUCUUCAAGACCACAGAGAGACUGGCUGUUUGGUUCCUUUCCACCUCUGCUGUUUUUAAGAGUAGGGCCUGUUCUUUUGGAGUAGUAUCUGAGAAUGUCAUGGGUUCCCUCCUGAAUGCAGGGGAUAAGAAAACAUGCCAUACAUUUUAUAUUAACCAGUAUAGUAAAAAAAAUAAAAUAAAUAAAUAAAGCUCACACACAAAAACUAAGUUGCCUUUCCUUGAAUGAAUCCUGCCUGAAAAAUGAAAGAAAAAUAAAAAAUAAACUAAUGGUAUAUAGUCUUAAUUUGUAAUGAAUGAGAAUCAAAAUAAUACACACUGUGGAUAUGUUUUUAAGGCCUUAUGUAAUUUUAAUUGUUCUGCUUGUUCUGUGGUUAUGUCUAAGAUUAUAGUACACGAUCUUCAAAGUAUAUCAAAUAUUGUGAAUCCUUUGGUUCAGCUAUGUCAAAUUCACAGUAAAACAACAAAUGUACCA